UCCACAGUUUUUGUCAUGUUUCGGGUCGUCUGAAGUGCGAGCAAAGUGAACAACGCACAUUUAUCUCUGCGUUUGGUGUUGAGACUUCAUUCCUGGGUGCGUUGAUUGAGCAUAGACGACCGAAGUCCAUUCAGGCAUAGGAGUAAGGUAGGAGGUGCACUCAGCAAAGUGGGCGAUUUUGUGUUUGUGCGAUUGGCGCUGGCAAAAGGUGCUUGAUACUCGCCCACUACGGUGAUAAAUGAUGCCCACAGUGUACGUUCGGGGCAAGUGUGAGAAAGAACAUAUUGCGACUGGUGCGUAAAAUUGCGUCAAACCACUCCUACGCGUAGCAUAAAUCGGUUAGGGAAGAAGUGGAACAGCGCGGCUCCGCACGAACGCACACAUAUACAUAAUACAGCCCUCACGAAUCCCGUGAUUAGGAUGGAAUCUGUAAAGAACGACGAAGUUGCUGGUGAAUCACUGGCGAACGAAGAAAGCUCUACUGUUCCGGCGGAAGAUGGCGGCGGACAUGGUCGGAAACGAAAAUUGUCACUAACCGAAGAUUCGAACGGUGCGGAGCCUCCGAACGCCAAACAACAAUUGCUUUCGGAGGCAGAAGCAAGCAGCAGCAGCGGCGACAAUGGAGACGAAGACCGUGAAACCUCAUCGCCGGAAGCGCCCGGCGUUAAUCUGCUCGACUUGAGCGAUGAAAUAUUGCUACUGAUUUUCCAGCACCUAGACGGUAACAGCCUGCUGCCGCUGUCGUACUCCUGUAACCGGUUGCAGCGCCUCGUUGGCGAUAAAACGCUCUGGAUCGUGGCGGAUUACACGACAGCGGGUUUGAGUUCGCACGAAGUUCAGCAGCGCGUGUGGCAGCUACAGCCGGUCACGAAGACGCUCAAGCUGCGCGGAUUGACCCGUGUUUAUCCGGAAGUUCGUUGGAACGCCUCCACACUGACGCCAGUGAUCCUCGAGACGAUCACGCUGCUUUGCCCAUUGCUGGAGCGACUCGAGCUAACCGAAGCGUAUCUGGACAUGAACGAAAUCAGUAUUCUCAUGUUCCCGCGCACGCUGCGCAAGCUCGUGCUACGGAGGUGCGCCGUUUCGGCGCAGUAUCCCCAAGAAAACUUUCUCGUGCCACAUCCUCAGAUCAGCUCGUUUCUGUCCAACAUCCAGCAUCUGGUGCGGCUGGAGGAACUCACGAUCGAGUACUGCGCUUGGUUUGAUACGCACGAUCUUAUGGCCCUUUCGAAGCUGCCCAACUUACGUUACCUCAGCCUGAAGGGAUGCGUUAACAUUAAGGACAGCGUCCCAUACGCCAGUCUGGCCACUAGGUUCGGAUUCAAAAAGCUGCAGGUUCUGGAUCUCCGCGACACGCCAAUUUCGGACUCGGACGUGAGCUGUUUCAACACCGUCCAUUCGUUGCGCGAACUUCUUCUCGAGUGUCCGGAGCAUCUGCGCACCGAGCGCGGUCUGCACGAGUACAAUGAAGCCGAGCGGCAGCGCGCGGAGCAGCUGCACCGUUUGGCGGUGCCUGACAUAAUACAUCACAAUGAUGGGAAUCCUCAACCUGCGGGAGCGGCCGCCGCCGGAGAGGGUGGUGCGGCUGGCGAAGCUGCAGGAGGGGCCGGAGGACCGCCACCGCCUUUGCCUCCUCCUCGGCUUGGCUUCGAAAUUCGGUUGAUCAAUGGCGAUCAGGACGUGGUGGUUCACAACUAUCGCAAUUUCGCCCGUCGAUCACCGCCUCCUGCUCGGGUUUUUCACAUUUUCGCAGACGCAGAGAUGAAUCAACCACAAGCCGGCCAAGCUGGGGCACAAGCCCCACCACCCCCACCGCCACCUCUUGCGGCAGUCGCAGCAGCAGCAGCAGCCGCAGCCGGAGCAGCUGCUGCAGCGGGCGGAGCAGCGCCGCCGGCUCCAGCUGCUGAAGUUCAGGAAAACAACAAUAAUAAUAAUAACAAUGUCAACAACAAUAACAAUAAUAACGUCGAUCGUCAGCAUAUUGUUCGCAUUAUCAAUCGCGAUCUGUUGCUGCAGCGGCCCGAACAAUUGGAGCUAGAGAAUCCGAGGCGUUUUCUGCGACGUCCGCUCGAACGGCAGAUUCACGCCGCGUACCAACAAAUUUUCAACGCUGGAAACAAUGCCAACUUGCACCGCCCUUGGGCACCACCUGAUCCUCCCGUGCGACAGGAGCGACAGCCCCCGGCAGUGGUUCUGGCACCGGUCGCACAGGCCCCAGCACCCGACGCAGGAGCGGCAGCUGCAAAUGUUGCAGACCAAGCGGCGGCUGAACCUCCACCAAUUAACUUGCAUCUGCGUAUCAAUGCCGUUGGCCACCGUAGAGUGAUAAACCGAAUCCGCCACAAUCCGGCGCCGGCAAAUGGGAAUGGCCAGGCGGCGGACCCUGUGCAGCCACCACAGCAACCACAGCCGCAACAACAACCGCAGGCCGGUCGCCCGUUUCAGCCACAAGCCCAUCCUCCGGGACCGCAGCGCAUCGUACCGCAUGUGAUCAUCAUGCCUGGGUUGGACAACAUUCAGGACUUCAUACAUCGGCAUGGCAAUGGAAACCACCAUCAGCUUUUCGUCAACCUUGGUAUGGGACAACAGCCCGCUAAUUACGUGUCGCUCGUAAGCGAUCGCAGCAUCUGCGCGUACGGUGUGUCUCGGAACGAUGCCGUCAUCGGCCGCCUCGUGCCAAAUCUGACCGGUCUGGAGCGACUGUCGGUGCGCAACUACAAGCUAGUCACCGACAUUUCUUUGGAACAUCUGGAAUCGGCGGCGCCCCAUUUACUGCUGCUCGACGUGACCGGAACAUCAGUAACGGCUAACGGUGUGCGCGGUUUCCGCUUAUCACGGCCCGGCUGUGUCGUCGUCUGCGACUACGACGAUGUUUUGGAAUCAUCCCCCAAGGACAAUGUGCAACCACCAGCUCCUCCAGAGGCACAGGCACCGGUCCCUGUCCCGUAGAGUGGUUCUUUCCACACAAGCUAAUGCGACUGCCAAGCCGACAAAAUUGCACGAAUCAUUUGCCUAGCUAUGGCCGAAUACAGUAUGCCCGUCUGAAUGAAAGCGCGCGUAACACAUAGGUUGUGUUUCGCACGGCUUCAGAUUUAUUUUUACAACCGAUUUUAAAUUUCUCCUCUGUUCCUUGCUUUUUA